AUGGAUUAUUCGAUAAUUAUAGUGUUUCAGCUGAUUUAUAUCAUUCCUAGCCUGUUGCUAUAUUUGAUACAAUUCUGUUUUAUAUUCUUCUCGAAGGAUGCAGAAUUCUCCACGGCAUUCCAUUACAUAUUCCUAGCACGAGCUCCCGCAGAUAUGUUGCAAGUUCUUACUAGCCUGUUCACCUUCCGACUUCCUUUGGCUGGUUGGGUAUGGGUGGAGGAUAAACCAUACAUUGCUAAGGCUGGGUUUGUCAUAUCCCAAUAUGUCUGUUUGAUAGAAUUAUUCGCACAGCUAUCGCUUUCCGUAAAUCGCUUCACGGCCAUCAUCUAUCCACUCCGACACAAUCAGCUCUGGAAUAAGAGGACAACCUGCAAGUUAUUUGCCAUAUGUGCUUUAAUCGCGCUCAUUCCCACUGCCAUCAGAUUACCACAAGCAGCUGGCUAUGCCAAUGUAAACGGAAAAAUAGUACCACAUCUAAUCCACGAAGAGGAUCAAAAGCUGAAUUCUUACAUAACCAGCAGCAUCUACGUAAUUUUUGGACUCUCCUGCUUCCUGUUGAAUGUUGGUUCCCUUGUAAAGCAUGCCCAACAGCGGAACUUGAAGUUAUUUGACCAACAGCAAGUGGCUCGACGAGUACAAUUAAAUCUCUUGACUUAUUCUUCGUCUUUUACACUUGCUAUAAUUUCAAUGACUAUUUGUCAGUGUAUGCUUGCCCUGGACAUCUUUCCUCUGACCACUGAUGGUCGUGCUCUGCUGAUAAUCAUGCUCACAUUGUCAGCUGACUGUUUCGCCUUAUCAAAUCCAUGGCUGCUCCUAGCAUUAUCGUCGUCGUUCAGAUCGAAAUUUAUGAAGCUAGGUGCGAACAAAAAUUCCGUAUCAAAUAUAUACUCAGUCUAA